CGAGGUUAGUCUGGAGACCAGAUCCACGAAGAUGAACUACUCUGACUAUGACUCUGAUGGAUACUCCUCUAAUGAGGACGCAGACUACGUCCCCUCAGAUGAUAACCUCAGCGAGGACGACAUUAAUGAGUGUGAGAGGGAGGAGCCUCUGCAUCGAGACGAUGACGUCCCCCAUCCUGACAGAGACGACAAGAAGAAAAAGAAGAAGAGGAAAGAUCUCAGCGUGAGGAAGAGGAAGAAAGGAGUCCUGAAAGUGGACAAAGAGGAGGAGGGGGGCGAUGGAGAAGAGGAGGCUCAGCAGAAACCAGAGGAGGAGGAGAAACCCACCAAGGUGACGGAAGACGAUGAGGAGAGACAAAAGAAGAAAUCCGACGACCUCUGGGCCAGUUUCCUGUCUGACGUCGGAUCCAGACCCAAAGAGUCCGAACCAGCCUCCCAGCCGAGCACCACGCACACGGAGGAUUCCUCGUCGUCGUCGCCGUCGUUGAAAGUUACUCCGUCCAGAACAGAAACUAAAGACGCUGCUAAAAUCACCAUCACUAAAGUUUUUGACUUCGCUGGAGAAGAAGUCAGGGUAAAUAAAGAGGUGUCUGCAGACUCCAGGGAGGCAAAGAGUUUCCUGAAGAGUCAGAGCACCAAACAGGAAGAAAGUGAAGAAGAAGAGAAGAAGAACCUAUCACCAAGUGGACCUCCUACUCCUCCAGGACCCAGCGUGAAGCGUCCCGCGGGCAUGAACAGCCUGCUGAGCCGGAUCGGGGGGAAGAAACCGAAGAUGAGCACGCUGGAGAAGUCCAAGAUGGACUGGGAGGCUUUUAAAUCCGAGGAGGGCAUCACGGAGGAGCUCGCCAUCCACAACAGAGGCAGAGAGGGGUAUGUGGAGCGGAAGAACUUCCUGGAGCGUGUCGACCAUCGCCAGUUCGAGCUGGAGAAAGCGGUGCGACUGAGCAACAUGAAGCAAUGACGCGAGCUGAUGGGUCUCUGAGAACUCUGUGGCUGCGGGGUCUGGAUCUGCUUCAGGACCAGUUUUAUUAGUCUGCAUGAGAGAUCCUUAAACCGUCACGCUCAGGACAUUUACGGGACGUGAGACCACCCCUUCACCUCCAACGUCCACAGAGAGACGACCACAGACUCUGAUUGUUACGUUCUGCUUCAACCGUUCUCUCUGAAGUUUGUCCCAUUUUUGUACCCUUACCUCAAACAUGGUUCUGUCUUGGUUAAUAAAUGAGAACUGGUGAUGUUGGUGUAGAAACACCAGGUGUCU